AGCUCGGCCGUGACGCAGCGCAUCAGCCCCUGCUCCACGCUGACCAGCAGCACCGCCUCGCCGCCCGCCAGCAGCCCCUGCUCCACCCUCCCGCCCGUCAGCACCAGCGUCACCGCCAAGGACUGCACCUACGGCGCCGUCACCAGCCCCACCUCCACGCUGGAGAGCAGAGACAGCGGUAUCAUAGCUACUUUGACAAGUUACUCAGAAAAUGUGGAACGCACUAAAUAUGGAGGGGAAGGCAGUAAAGAACUUGGAUCUGGAGGAAACCUGAAACCUUGGCAGUCCCAGAAAUCCAGCAUGGACUCCUGCUUAUACCGCGUGGAUGAGAACAUGACGGCUUCCACCUACAGCCUGAACAAAAUUCCAGAGAGGAACCUGGAGACAGUCUUGUCCCAGUCAGUGCAGUCUAUUCCUCUUUACCUUAUGCCACGGCCAAAUUCAGUAGCAGCCACCAGCUCAGCCCACUUAGAAGAUCUCGCGUACCUGGACGAGCAGAGACACACUCCCCUGCGGACGUCCCUGCGGAUGCCGCGGCAGAGCAUGGCUGGCGCCCGCACGCAGCAGGACCUGCGAGUACGCUUCGCACCUUACAGACCUCCCGACAUCUCUCUGAAACCACUGCUCUUCGAGGUGCCCAGCAUCACCACCGAGUCCGUCUUCGUUGGCCGGGACUGGGUGUUCCACGAGAUAGAUGCGCAGCUGCAGAGUUCAAACGCCAGCGUCAACCGAGGUGUAGUGAUCGUUGGGAACAUCGGGUUUGGAAAAACCGCCAUCAUCUCCAGACUGGUUGCACUCAGCUGCCAUGGCACACGUAUGAGACAGAUUGCUUCUGAUAGCCCACAUGCCUCUCCGAAACAUGUGGAUGCAAACCGAGAGCUGCCCUUAACCCAGCCGCCUUCUGCUCACUCGUCAAUCACCAGCGGGAGCUGCCCGGGGACUCCCGAAAUGCGCCGGCGCCAGGAAGAGGCCAUGCGGAGACUCGCUUCACAGGUUGUCGCUUAUCACUACUGCCAGGCUGAUAAUGCCUACACCUGCCUGGUGCCGGAGUUUGUGCACAACGUGGCCGCCCUGCUCUGCCGCUCGCCGCAAUUCGUUGCCUACAGGGAGCAGCUCCUGCGAGAGCCCCACCUGCAGAGCAUGCUCAGCCUGAGGUCCUGCGUGCAAGACCCCAUGGCCUCCUUCCGCAGGGGAGUCCUGGAGCCCUUGGAAAAUCUGCACAAAGAGAGGAAGAUCCCUGAUGAAGAUUUCAUUAUAUUAAUUGAUGGUUUAAAUGAGGCUGAAUUUCACAAGCCAGAUUAUGGAGACACUAUAGUAUCAUUCCUGAGCAAAAUGAUUGGAAAGUUCCCUUCCUGGCUGAAGCUGGUAGUGACCGUCAGGACAAGUCUACAGGAAAUAAUUAAGCUGUUGCCCUUCCACAGAAUAUUUUUGGAUAGACUGGAAGAGAAUGAAGCCAUAGACCAGGACCUGCAGGCAUAUAUCCUUCAUCGGAUACACAGCAGCUCGGAGAUCCAGAACAACAUCUCGCUUAACGGCAAAAUGGACAACACUACGUUUGGCAAACUCAGUUCUCACCUCAAGACCUUGAGCCAAGGGUCCUAUCUGUACCUAAAACUCACUUUUGAUCUCAUAGAGAAAGGAUACCUAGUACUAAAAAGCUCCAGCUACAAAGUAGUCCCAGUGUCUCUGUCAGAAGUUUACCUGUUGCAGUGCAAUAUGAAGUUCCCAACGCAGUCUUCCUUUGAUCGGGUUAUGCCUCUCUUGAAUGUGGCAGUGGCAUCUCUGCAUCCAUUAACAGAUGAACAUAUUUUUCAGGCCAUUAAUGCAGGUAACAUUGAGGGCACUUUGGAGUGGGAUGACUUUCAGCAGAGGAUGGAGAACCUUUCUAUGUUUCUUAUCAAACGUAGAGAUAUGACGCGAAUGUUUGUUCAUCCCUCUUUCCGAGAAUGGCUUAUUUGGAGAGAAGAAGGUGAAAAGACCAAGUUUCUUUGUGAUCCUAGGAGUGGCCACACAUUACUUGCCUUCUGGUUUUCCCGUCAAGAAGGAAAACUAAAUCGACAGCAAACUAUUGAACUGGGACAUCACAUUCUCAAAGCACAUAUUUUUAAGGGGCUGAGUAAAAAAGUUGGGGUAUCUUCCUCUAUCCUGCAAGGGCUUUGGAUCUCCUACAGUACUGAAGGUCUUUCGAUGGCUUUGGCAUCUCUGAGAAAUCUCUACACCCCAAACAUAAAGGUCAGUCGGUUGCUGAUUUUAGGAGGUGCAAACGUGAAUUAUCGGACUGAAGUUCUGAACAACGCCCCCAUUUUGUGUGUCCAAUCUCACCUGGGUUACACAGAGAUGGUGGCUUUGCUCUUGGAGUUUGGGGCCAAUGUAGAUGCCGCUUCGGAAAGUGGCCUGACCCCCCUUGGCUACGCAGCUGCUGCUGGAUUUCUGAGUAUUGUUGUGCUGCUGUGCAAGAAACGGGCCAAG